AUGGCGCAGCGUCACGCGGCCGCCAUCGCGCAAGACGAGAUGCGCAGACUUGCGGUGCUGCAGAACGAGCUCAGCGCCGAGUUCGGUACCUUCAAGAAGAAGCUCGAGGAGAAAGAAAAGAACGAGCGGAUCCUGCAGGAAACCAUGGGCGAGAUUGAAGCCGAGAACAGGCGCCUCAAGGAAGACAACUCCAGUAAGUCGAUUCCGAACGGACCGGUCGGUCCCCUUGAUAGUUACUUUGAAGAUGUUGAACGGAACUAUCCUGCUUACAGACAGUUCCUGAAUCUUGACAUUACUCAGCCAACGGAGGCAGCUUUGGAGGGCGCCCUCAGCUUCAAUCUUGAAAAAGAUGCCUAA